AUGGGUUUGACUCGAUUGGCCACAUUCUUUGCGCUCGCUGCAGUCAGCAUUGCAGAUACGUGCAACCCCCUGAACGCAAGAUGUCCCCCAAAUGUAGGUCUUGCGACCAGUGCUUAUGAGGUCGACUUCACGAAACAAUCCUCCAUACCUUCCGAAUGGACCAUCUCCGACUGGGCAACCGUCAAGUUCGGAUCUAAAGGAGCCGAAUUUACUGUGUCAAAGCGUUUCGAGUCUCCUCAGUUAUGGACCAACUUUUACAUUCACUAUGGAAAGGUAGAAAUAGUUGCUCAAGUUGCUCCUGGCACAGGCAUAGUUUCAUCAGCAGUCUUGAUGUCUGAUGAUGCCGAUGAGAUUGAUUGGGAGUGGAGCGGCAACAACUUCCGCGACAGUGCAGGAAAGGGGCAAAACAACUACUAUGGAAAGGGAAUCGUCGGCGACUACGACAGAGGCAGCUUCUUCAGUGUCGCGUCUCCCCAGACUCAGUUCCACACAUACACUAUCGAUUGGACGUCUACGGCUCUGACCUGGUCUGUUGAUGGCACAAUUGUCCGAACCCUCCUCGCUGCCAACACUGACAGUGGCUCCCACCAAUAUCCUCAAACUCCCGCCAAAUUUCAACUCGGUAUAUGGGCUGGAGGAGAUCCAGGCAAUGCAUGGGGAACCGUAGAUUGGGCAGGUGGAUAUACCGACUUCACGAAGGCACCGUUCACGAUGUACGUCAAAAGCGUCAAAAUCACCAACUACAAUCCUGCCUACGCCUACAACUGGACGGAUAGCUCUGGUAGUUCGAAGAGCAUCAAG